CGCUCUCACGCCGCUGCCGUAUCCUUCCGCGCGCUCCCCCUCCCCCUUCUGGAGAGUUCUGCACGGCGGCCGGCACGACAAAUAGUCCCCGCAGCUCCCCGCCCUCUCCUCCCCCUCCUGCUCCUCCUCCUCCUCCCGCCGCUCCUGUCCUGGCCUCUCCCUUCCUUCCCCUCCCCGCCACGGCGGUGUCUCCGCCCCGGGAACCGGAGCGGUGCCCGGGGGCAGCGGCGGCGGCGGUGUGGCGGAGUGAUCCGCUGCGGACGGCGCGGAGGCAGCGCAUAAAGCGGCGGUGGCGGCGGAGGGAACGGAGGAGCUGCGGCAGCGCUGAGCCCGCGGCCGCCAUCGCCCGACACCGGCCAGGCCCCGGCCCCGCCGCCCCGGGGGGCCCCGGUCCCCUCCCGCCCCUCCGCUCGCUUCGUCCCUCCCCGUCCCCUCCCCGCGCAGCCGCCACCUCCGCGCUCCUCCUCCUCCCCCCCUCCCCUCGCAAAUAGUCCCGCGGGCCGCCCCCUCCCUCCGCCCGCGCCCCUCCUGCCGCCGCCUCGCGCACACAAUGGCGCUGAAGAGAAUCCACAAGGAGUUGAACGACCUGGCACGUGAUCCUCCAGCACAGUGUUCAGCAGGGCCUGUCGGGGAUGACAUGUUCCAUUGGCAAGCUACAAUAAUGGGACCAAACGACAGUCCCUAUCAAGGUGGAGUAUUUUUCUUGACAAUUCACUUCCCGACAGAUUAUCCCUUCAAACCACCUAAGGUUGCAUUUACAACAAGAAUCUAUCAUCCAAAUAUUAACAGUAAUGGCAGCAUUUGUCUUGAUAUUCUACGAUCACAGUGGUCCCCAGCACUAACUAUUUCAAAAGUGUCCCUGCUCUCCUGUUGCCUGUCCUUCUCUCCAGCUACAUGUGAUGUUCCCAGCACUUUGUGGUUCAGACAGGUGAUCCUGGUACAUCCCUUGGACAUCAGCACUGUGUGCCUUUCCCUGAACCCACAGAAGUUCCCACCUUCUCUGGCCACCUAAAGGCAUUUGCAGAAGCAGAUGGAAAGCCAAACCAGUAUCUCCUUGUUUCUUGUCAGAAGUGAAUCUGCUUGGGCACAAGGCUCAAAGUCUUGAAAGAACUGAAAAAAUGGUGUCAGUGAAGAAAAAAUGAUUGUCAGGUUGCUGCAGUUUCCUUACAAGUACUCUCAGUCAGUACUGGCUGCUCUCAGAAGCACCAAAUUAGCCCCAAGCACUGAUGUCUGGUCUGGUUUGAUUUAAUUGCUGCUUAACUGCAGAAAAUGCUGUAUUGUUUUAGGGAAUCUGAAGUGACCAGAUGGGUGGUGGGGUGAUAGACAGCAUGAUUGAAAAUACUGGAAGAUAGAUUGGAAUUAGGACAAUUGGGAGAAGAUGGGGCAAGAAUUUAAGAGGCUGCUCCAGGCUGUCAGCUUUAAUCACUCAGAAAAUACAUCCUAGUGUUAAUUUUACUGCCCAAAUACAUUUGCAAUAUGCUUUAACAUUUCAAUCUCCCUCUGUCUUCUGCUUUGAACUCUUUUUUUUUCUUAUCCUUUUCAAACUAUAUCCUUGUGGCUCAGCUGGAAUAAGCCAUGGGAUCAGGGUGGCUGUUCCUGUGCCCCUGCCCCUUCCAGUGCCCCUCUCCCUCCCUCCUGGGUUUAGGGGGCUCUGAGUGCUGAUCACUUCUCACUGCUGCACCCAGCACAACAACCACACUGCUCUAACCUGGGAGAAAAUCUUCUCCCAGCUCCCUUGGGCUGCAUUUACUGAAGGAAUUAAAACAACAAAGCCAGUUCCUAGGGGUGGCUUUAUAGGAAUACUUGUCUCAGAAUCACGGGGAUGUGCUGUCAAAAGGCAGACUUCAGAAGCAGAGAGCUGAUACUUAGGAGAACUGUUCCCAUCUUGAACAAAUGGAAAUAAAGUCCACAAAGGCAAUUUGGGUCUUUUGGGGUUGAAAUCUUGUGUUCAGUCAGAUUAGAGUGUGUUGUGACAGACUUCAGGGGUGUUUCAGCUUUCUAGUAACUGAUCAGCCUUAUCAAAGAAUGAAUGUGUUGUUAGCAGGAAAAAUUGUUGGAUUUAGGUAAUUUGAGGUGAAUAAUAAGACUUAGAACAUUCAACAUUAAGCUCAUACCUCUUCCAAAGCAUCAAUUUAUUAUUUGUAGUGUAGAUUUCUGAGAGCAUUUCCCCAAUUGUGCCACUCUUUAAAUUGGAUGCUACUGGGAGCAAGCUGUUUGAAUUUAAAAUCUGUAAGCAGAGAGCACAGCUAUGAAAAAAUGUACUUCCUACUGAUUGAGAAAUCUGGGAAGAGUAGAAACAGUCUUUGUAGGAAAGAGCUUAUCAUGCACAGCUUCCUCCUGAGGCAGCUGGGAGGCAGCACUGUCAGCAGCUCACUGGUAAUGUGUGCUACAUGAAGAUGUUUUUCACCUUAACCUGCAAGGAGAGAGGGGAAGGGAUGUGCACUGACUUGCUGUGGGUUAAAAGUGCCACUUUCUGGUGGAAAGACUGAAAAAUCAUAGCAGUGCUACUUAAUCAUUCCAGUUCAGUGGUAAAGGUUGGGGUCUUGGCUCCUCACACUCUGGAGCCAGCCCUCUGUAAGCAGUUUAAUAAAAAUUGUGGUUAUGAUGGAA